GCCGCAGUCGGUGCCGCGGGUACGCAGCAGCAGCGCGAUGUCGGAUCGCCGGACGGAGGAGCUCGAGGCCGGCACCCGCUCCGCCUGCCCCGCCCCGCACGCGACACUCAGACCCAUCCUUCGGGCCUCGGUCCAGGGUAACGGGGUUAACGGCGGCGGCGUCCACGUCCACCCCGACCGCUGGGGCGAGCCGCUGAACGCGAAGCCGAUGUCGCUGCCAGCCAUGCUCAAGAGACACCGCAAGCCCAAGGAGUACAAGCUCCGGGGCUUCGUGGCCAUGCUCUUCCUGUGCAUCGUGUUCCUGGUCGGGUUCGCGCACGUGUACUACAACCAGCAGGUCCUUCAGAAAGCGUACUUUGACCGCAUCCGCCUGAACCACCUGGAGCGGGUGGUGCGCGUGUACAACGCGGAGGGCGCCGAGCUGCUGCGCGGCGAGCUGGGCCGCUUCCUGCGCGCGACGGACAAGGUGUACCAGUGCCUGCACGAGGACGAGCGCAAGGGCGCCUACUGCAUGGAGUGGAUGGGGCGCGCGCGCCUCUACCUGCGCUACGAGGAGGAGGGCAACUUCCGCUGCUACCACAUCAACUGGAAGGCGCUGGCGCACGACGUCUUCCCGACGGACUGCUUCGACCUGACGAGCGCGGGCGGCUCGGUGUCGCACUGGUACGGCGGCGGCCACGCGGCCGGCAUGCGCUGGCCGCUGGAGGCGGGCCGCGUGUCCUGGGAGCCCUUCCUCACGGGCGACUCGGGGCGGCGCGACCACCAGUGGGGCAACGUGCUCAAGCGCUUCUUCAUCUCCUCCAAGGGCGUGGCCAUCACGGUCAACCCGCGCACGCCGCUGCACGUGGCCGCCAACCAGUACAACGACGGCGAGCUCUGCCUCCAGGCCAAGUACGACGACUUCGCCUUCGUGCGGCCGACACCCAGCAGCGCCGCCUGGCUCAACUACACACUCUGCACCGUGUCCACGGGCAACAUGCGGGAGCUGCACCAGCACCUCUCCGAGAAGAGCCUCUGGGACGGGCUGACGGAGGCGGACGUCGAGAUCGUCAACACGCUGCUCACCCAACCCGUCUGGCAGAUCGCCCCCGCGGAGGCAGAUCUGCUCACCGAGCAGGCCAUCCUCAACUACACCGAGGACGUCCUCUCGCUCGGCUUCCUCCAACACGGUGAGGAAGCUAAUUGG